AGUAAGAAAAAAUAUUUCCACAUGAAAGUCAGAUUUUUUUUCUUCAUCUUUAAGAAAUUGUUUUUUUAUCGCUUAAAAAAUGAAGUUUUAUUAAGAAAUUAGUGUUAUUUUUAAGAAAUUUUUAUAUAUUAUAAAAUAGCCAUGUCUCAGCCUUCUAUUUUAAUAAUAGAACCAUUCUACGGUGGCAGCCAUAAACAAUUAAUUGAUACUUUAAUAGAAUGUUUAAAUGUAAGUGACUAUGAAAUUUUUAGUUUGCCCGCCAAGAAAUGGCAUUGGCGUGCCCGAACGGGAGCUUUGUAUUUCUCGCAAAUGAUACCACAAAAUCAUCAGUACAAAGUUUUGUUUACCUCAUCGGUAUUGAAUUUGGCCGAACUUUUAGGUUGCCGGCCGGAUUUGAAUGUGUGCAAGAAAAUUGUGUAUUUCCAUGAAAAUCAAUUGGUCUACCCUGUUAGAGAGGUAAAGGAAAGAGAUUGCCAAUAUGGUCUAAAUCAAAUACUCACUUGUCUGGCUGCUGACCAUGUCAUUUUCAACUCCAACUUCAAUCGUACUUCCUUUUUGGAUAAUAUCACUCCCUUCCUUAAUAUACAGCCCGACUUGAAACUCAAGCAUUUACGCGAAAAACUCGAAACUAAAUGCGAAGUUUUAUAUUUUCCCAUCAAAUUUCAUGCAUUCCCCAAUAAGCGCCUUAUGUUGGAUGGCGAUAUACAAAUGACCUCGCUAACCACUGGCAAUGCCAAUGAUUGUUUACAUUUGAUAUGGCCUCAUCGUUGGGAACACGAUAAAAAUCCCAAACUUUUAGUGGAAGUUUUGCUAGAGUUGAAUAAACGUCAAGUGGAUUUUAAGGUGACGAUUUGUGGUGAAACCUAUCAAACUUCACCGGAGGCUUUUGAGGGUCUGCAGGAUAAGUUGGGUUCGAAAUUGGUGAAUUUUGGUUUUUUGUCACGUGAGAAAUAUGUUAAAGCACUGCUGGACGGUGAUGUGGUUAUAUCGACAGCCGGGCAUGAAUUCUAUGGUGUGGCCAUGCUCGAAGCAACAUAUUGUGGUUGCAUGCCCAUUGCACCCAAUAAACUUGUCUAUCCCGAAUUGUAUCCCAAAGAAAAUCUAUAUAAUACUUCCAAUCAAUUGAUAAAAAUGUUAUACAAUUGGUGUCGUAAUCCGUUAAUGUUUCGUAAACAACGUGAGAAAUUUUUUGAAUAUUUUACAUUCGAUCGUUAUUCAGCACAGCAUUUAGUACCAAAAUAUUUGGAAAAAUUAAGAAUUUAAAAUACACAACUAAAGGAAAAAGAGACCAGCCCAAAUUUAACAAAAUGCCAUAGUGCAAUAAUUCGAAUUUAGAACGUAAGUCUGAAAUUUGAAUUACUUUAAAAAAGAAAAGUAGACAUACAAUUUCUUAACAAAUAUAUUUUGAUAUAAAAAAGUUAUAAUGAAAAGUUAACGACAAAACUUUUCAUUAAACUUAGAGAAAAACUAAAAAAAAAACUUGACCAAUUUUAAAUAACUGAAAACUUGGCAAUAUAAAAGAACGCAUAAAGAAAUUUGUUAAUAAAAGUUUAAGUUUAAAUUUAAGUAGCGCUUAAAAUCAAAACUAAUUUUAAAUUGCCUGUUGGUUAAAUUUAUUAACCUUUUUUUAUAAGUUUUAUAAAAUUUGCGCGAAAUUGUUUGUUUUGACUGUUUUUUAAAACUUUUUUACUGAUAACAUUUUUUAUUAUUAAACUAGUGUAGUAGUUAUUUGUUUCUUUUAUUUUUAGCUUAUUUUAACCCUUUUUUAAUUUUUUAUUAUUUAGAUAAUAUUAAAGAUUACUGUUAAGCAUAAAAAACAAAAUAGUUGAUAAAAAAUAUUACAAAACCAACAUAGAAAACUG